AUGGAAGUUACAUACAAAUCGAUUGAGGAGUCCCUUGCAGCCUUGCUUGCUCGCAGCACAGAGAGUCGACACAGAGAGUCGACAGAGAGAAAGACUCAGGCUGUCGUCGACCGUCGCAAAGGGGCAGAGACGCCGAGCAAGGGGAGCUUGGGUGGACUGGAGGUCUGGGAGCGAUUUUGGGCAAAAUGCCCAAAAGGGCCAAAAAUCAGCAUUGACCGGGUCGGGUUGUUUAAAAUAUUGCGGGUUUAA